UCUCCCUGUCCACAGGGCUCACUGGGCUUUGGGUGGCCACAUUCAACCUCCUCCCUCACCCUCAGUCAUCUACCAGAGGGCCUGCUUCCUUAUGGCUCCUUUCACUGCAAAAACUCCAGCGAGGACCAUGAUGCCGUUUCCACUUCUCCCUCUCCUUCUCCUGAAUAUGGUGGCUGUGUCCUGCUCUGAAGUUGAAGGCCCCAAGAAGGUCCCAGACACUUGUCCUGUCAUGGUCUGUGGUUCUCCAGGCGCCAACGGCUUCCCUGGCAAAGAUGGGCGUGACGGUGCUAAGGGAGAAAAGGGAGAACCAGGUGAAGGACUCAGGGGCUUGCAGGGCCCUCCUGGAAAGAUGGGGCCUCCAGGAACACCAGGGAUCUCUGGGUUACCAGGACGAGUAGGCCAAAAAGGAGAUCCUGGAAAGUGUGCAGAUUUUGAUUGUGGAUUAGUGAUUUCUGAAAAAGAAGCUUUACAAGAAGAAUUAGACCGCAUCAAAAACUGGCUAAACUUUGCUUUGGGGAAAAGGGUUGGGAAGAAGUUCUUCUUGACCAACGGUGAAACGAUGAGUUUGGACAAAGUCAAGGAUCUGUGCAAACGUUUCCAGGCCUCUGUGGCAAUCCCCUCAAAUGCUGAAGAGAACCAAGCUAUCAAUAAUCUAGCCAGAAGAGAAGCCAUCCUGGGCAUCACAGAUGAGGAGAACGAAGGUCAAUUUGUGGAUCUAAAAGGAAAUAGACUUACCUACCAGAAUUGGCAUGAUGGAGAACCCAAUAAUGCAGUCUCUGGGGAAAAUUGUGUGGUAAUCACGGAAAAAGGCAAGUGGAAUGACAUAUCUUGCUCUCGACCUGCUUUGGCAGUAUGUGAGUUCCUUCUCUGAAGAGGUUUUGGUGUCCAAGUCAAGCUGGUCUCCUGAGUGGUGAUGUGCUGUGCCCUCAGAUUCCUUAUUCUCGGAAACACUUCAUGUGAAGUCAUACCUUAUGCUAAAUAAAUCCACCCGC